AUGGCUGGAGCGAGUGCCAAAAAUGCGGCUCUGGCGUGGGCGGAGAAGAGAAAAGCGCAGGUUGAGGCGGCCAAUCUUAAGAAGGCGCAGAAAGAGAUGGGCGAAGUGACCUCGGAUCACACCUUCAAACCCAAGCUGAGGAGUACGGCAAAGGGUACCAAUGUCCAUUUCCCCCUAAAACGACGACCAAAACGCGCCUAUCGCGCUCUCCUGGGGCUCGGCGACAACAUGUCCAAGAGUUUGAAGAAGCAGAUGCAAAAGGCGACGGUGAAACACACCGACAUGGCGAAUGAGAUGAGGACAGAAGUGGUUGACAUCAUUGCAGGCUCCAUCGACAAGUUCACGCACGCAACACAGGGAGUCAACUUUGAAGGUGCCACUAGAGCCAUCAAGGAUGCAUUGGACAAGAGCUACGGCUUCAAUUGGCACUGUGCCAUGGGCAAGGGGUUCUGCUUUGAUGUGACCGCACAGAAUGGCACGCUGAUGCAUUGUUACUACCAGGGGGAGCUCGCCAUCUUGGUCUACAAAUGUUAGAGGCCAGAGAAAUUCCGUCGCCUGAGUCGCCAGAGGGGGGGAACUGUUAGCGAGCUGCUGGUGUGUCGAAUGCAGCUGGUGCUGAAAUCCUUCUCUGCUGAAAUAUCA